AUGGUAACUCCUCAAGACAAGCCCUUGAAGAAGAUGAAGUUUGUUUCAUCUGCUGAAAAAGAACCAAGCAGCACGACAACAAUUUCUGAGGAUUCAAAGUCAGGUCGAGGUAUGAGCACAAUGCCUCGUGUUGUGAAGAGAAAAUUGCAGAAAAUCAAGCCAGUUGUUGAGUACAAUAAAAGGGGGAAAGGAUGUGGCCCUGCACAUACUGAGAUGCAGUCCUACAUUGGUGUGUUGGCACGCUCCAGAGUCCCACUUGUGGACAAGAAAUGGGCUGAAAUCCCCAAUGAUAUAAAGGAGCAGAUUUGGGAAGCCGUUGACAUGGCUUUUGUGGUAGGUCAAGGGGGCAAGACCUCGGUGUUAUCUUCUGCUGCCAAGAAAUGGAAGGAUUUCAAGUCUACACUGACAAGGCAUUAUAUCCUUCCAUACAUCAAAGAGAGGGAGAAAUUAAGCCAACCCCCUGAAGUAUAUAAAUUCAUAGAGAAAGCAGAAUGGGAUGCCUUUGUAGCUUCAAGGUUAUCCAAAGAAUUUGAGUCUGUGCAUUCUCAACAUGCACAGAUUAGGGAGAAACUUGAGUACAAUCAUCGAUUGUCUCGAAAAGGAUAUGCUGGUUUGGAGGAUCAAUUGGAGGAAACCAUGCCUGGGGUAGAAAUUGAUCGAUCUACCUUAUGGAAGAAAGCUAGACAGGACAAACAUGGUAACAUCCCGGAUCCAAAGGUGGCAGAGAAAGCAAAAUUAAUUGAUGAAUUGCAAAAACAAGUGGCUGAAGGCAGUCUGAGUAUAACUGGCAGUAAUGAUGUGUUGACCUUGGCUUUGGGUCCCGAGCAUCCAGGGAGAGUAAGAGGGGUAGGUGCUGGGAUUUCCCCUAGGCAAUUCUUCAAUUUACCUAGACCACAAAGGGUAAAGUUUGCUGAUCAAUUGAAGGAAAGUGUAAGAAUUGUCCUUCAAGAAGAGACUAAGAAGAUGGAAGCUAGAACCAAACAAUUAGUAGAGGCUGAGAGGGAACAUUUACUAAGUCUACAGCAAAGUCCCAAGAAUCCAAUGUCUGAUAAAGCAAGCUGUUCUGGGGCUGAAGUGAGAUCCCUACAUUUAGAGGAUGAUACUGCCAGAAAUGGGGAACAGCAGGAACAAACGGGUAAUGAAGUAGUUGAUUAUUCAAAUGUGGAGGUGCCAUCUUCCUUACAAUCCCUUUGUGGUUAUGUGGAAACUACACUAAAGCCACAGGGGAAGAUCAUGACCUUCAACAUUGAGAAGGAGGUGUUUGGUGCAGAUCGAAGUACCUUCGUCUUGCAUGAAGAUAUUACACAGUUUUCAGGCAUGGAAGAAAUUGGGGCUACUGUGGUUGCACAAAUAUGUGCAGCAUGGGUUGGCUUUAUCGACCCUGCUCAAGUUAGUGCCAACGCUGGGUCACUAACUGACAGAUCACGAAUUGUAGCCAGUCGACUUCAGAAAACAGAUGGUGAACAGAUUUUCAUGAUGCCUUACAAUCCAGGCCGUCAUUGGGUCUUGAUUGUGAGGGCAAAGAGGGAAACCGUCUAUUUUCUGGAUCCUCUGCCUGGAAAUCGUGUGGUUGAUGAGGAGGGCAAAAACAUCGUGAACAGUGCUUUAAAAAUUUAUAAUUCCCACAUAGGCAGACCAGGCCGUAAAGCACCAAUUUGGAAAACUCUGCCAGGCACACCAAAGCAACCCAGCAGUGUCGAAUGCGGGUAUUAUGUGAUGCGCUUCAUGAGGGACAUCAUCAUGGAUCCUUCCUUGGAGUUUGAGAAGAAGUUUGCCAAGGGAAAAGAUCAAGCGCCAUACCCCCAAGCAGCCAUUGAUGAAGUCAGGAAAGAAUGGGCAGAGUUUGUUUGCCUUCAUAUGGAUUAG